AAAUGGAUUUUCCGAAAUACGAUGGAAAUAUUCACCCAGAUGAAUGGAUAAAUGAUAUUCAAAAGUAUCUUAGAUUUUUAAAUAUUAACGAUGGCGAUUGUUUGAAAAUUGCUAUAUCAUUCGUAGACCCUAUUAUCACACUUCCGAAUAGGAUUGAUAGUUUUGAAAAACUUCGUAAUGCGCUUAGAGAGGAUAUUUCUUUUAAAGUAUUUAAAUGUACAAAUAAAAAGUUAUUAGAAUUAUUAAAAUAUAUUCCUGAAAAAGAAGGUGGAAAUACUUCAAAAUUUAUUUCAAAUUUUCGUAAAUUAUGUUAUAAUUCCGAAAUUAAUGAUAUAGGAGAGCAAAAAAAUUAUUUUUGUUAUGCACUUCCAAAACUUUCAAAUGUUAAUGGUAACAAUUGUUAUGAUUAUUUUCUUGAAUUUAUUAAAAGAUGGGAGAAAAUCAAAUCAAUGAAUGAUUUAAUUAACGAAAUUGAGGAAAUUGUUUCAAUUGAAUCAAAUUUGAUUAAAAAUGAAUCUAUUGUGGCUUUAAAGCAUGUUUCUACAGGAAAAUAUUUAAGUUCAAUUGAAAAUUUAUGUUAUACAACCGGAAGCAAACUUCAACUGGUUUUUUCAGACAGCCAACUAGUGCCUGAUCUAAAUGCUUUAUGGAAAAUUGAAUUUAGUAAUGAAUUAGCUACAUAUAAUAAAACUUCUAUAUGUUUACGACAUAUCAAAUCUGGCAAGUUUCUUGGAUUACAUUAUUAUUAUUAUUAUUAUACCAAUCAAUCCAAGGCUUAUACUUAUUACAAAUCUCCAAUAACUGAACAUACAGAAGUAUGUUGUGGCGGAAAUAAAUUUAAAUUUAGUUGGGAGUUUAAGCACAGUAAAUUAAAAAAUCACCAAGAAUAUGAAUAUUUAAAGUCAAAUGAUAUUAUUAAUCUUAGCACUUAUAGACGUGAUACUUCCCAAAAUUUAUUUUUACGUAGUCAUGAUAUUCAAUUUACUAUUGGAAGUGAUAAUUUUCAAGAAGUUGUUUGCCAUAACGAAAGAUUAGGAGGAAAUGAUGAAUGGUGCAUUGAACUUAUUAAACAAGGUUGAUUAAUUGACAAGUAGCCAAAAUUUUGUGCAUAAUAUUUAAUAAAUUUAACCAAUAUUUUGAUUUUUAAUAAUUAUAAAUA